CCCCUCCCCACUUCUGUGGCUGAGCAGGACCCAGAGCCAGUUCCCGUGCGUGGGGCUGCGCCGCGCUGCUCGGACUGGGGCGAGCUCGGUAGUAGGAUCAGGCCCGCUGGAUCCGCCCUUCCCGCACGCCAUGGCUCCCCCCACAGGUAAUGUUGUGGACAGCCAGUCCCACAGACCCCCAGUGAACCGACUAAGAUGGGACCUGACAGCAGAGCAAAUAGAAAACAUGACUGUGGAGCUCCUAGAGAGGACCAAGCAGGUGUAUGACCGGGUGGGCUCCCAGGAGCAGGGGGAGGUCUCCUAUGAAAAUACCCUCAAAGCUCUGGCUGAUGCGGAGGUGGAAUAUACAGUUCAGAGGAACACGCUGGACUUCCCCCAGCACGUCUCCCCUCACAAAGCUAUCCGCACGGCGAGCACGGAGGCGGACAAAAAGCUCUCGGAUUUCGACGUGGAGAUGAGCAUGAGGCAGGACGUGUACCAGAGGAUCGUCUGGCUCCAGGAGAAGGCGGAAAGUGCUUCCCUGAGGCCUGAAGCGAAGAGGUAUCUAGAGAGGCUGAUUAAACUGGGUAAACGAAAUGGCCUUCACCUCCCGGAGGAGACGCAGGAGAAAGUCAAAGCCAUUAAGAAAAGGCUAAGCCUGCUCUGCAUCGACUUCAACAAGAACCUGAACGAAGACACCACCUACCUGCCCUUCUCCAAGGAGGAACUGGGGGGGCUCCCCGAGGACUUCCUGAACUCCCUGGAGAAGACAGAGGACGGCAAGCUGAAGGUCACCCUGAAGUACCCGCACUAUUUCCCCCUCAUGAAGAAAUGCUACGUGCCUGAGACGAGGAGGAAGGUGGAGGAAAUGUUCAACUCCAGGUGCAAGGAGGAGAACUGCUUGAUCCUCAAGGAGCUGGUGGACCUGCGGGCUCAGAAAUCCGACCUCCUGGGCUUCGACACUCACGCUGAUUUCGUGCUGGAAAUGAACAUGGCGAAAACCAGCAAGACCGUGGCUUCCUUCUUAGAUGAGCUGGCCCAGAAGCUGAAGCCCCUGGGGGAGAAGGAACGGGCCGUGAUCCUGGACCUGAAGAAGAAAGAGUGCCAGAAGCGGGACUUGGAGUUUGACGCCCGCAUCAACGCCUGGGACAUGCGCUACUACAUGAACCAGGUGGAGGAGACCAAGUACAGCGUGGACCAGAACCUGCUGAAGGAGUAUUUCCCCAUGCAGGUGGUCACUGCUGGCCUGCUGGAUAUCUACCAGGAGCUGCUGGGCUUGAGCUUCCACCCGGAGGAGCACGCCCAGGUCUGGCACGAGGACGUCCAGCUCUACUCGGUGAAGGACAUCGCCUCGGGCAAGACCAUCGGGCAAUUCUACCUGGAUUUGUACCCCCGGGAGGGGAAGUACGGGCAUGCGGCCUGCUUCGGCCUGCAGCCGGGCUGCCUGCUGCCGGACUCCAGCCGUCAGAUCUCCGUCGCUGCCAUGGUAGCCAACUUCACCAAGCCCACGCCGGACGCGCCGUCCCUGCUGCAGCAUGACGAGGUGGAGACCUACUUCCAUGAGUUCGGCCAUGUCAUGCACCAGCUCUGCUCACAGGCAGAGUUUGCCAUGUUCAGCGGGACCCACGUGGAGCGGGACUUUGUUGAAGCCCCGUCUCAGAUGCUGGAGAACUGGGUGUGGGAGAAGGAGCCCCUGGUGCGCAUGUCCAAACACUACAAAACCGGCAGCCCCAUGCCCGACGAGCUGCUGGAGAAGCUCAUCCAAUCCAGGCAGGCGAACACAGGGCUGUUCAACUUGCGUCAGAUCGUCCUGGCAAAGGUGGACCAGGCCCUUCACACCCAGACGAAGGCAGACCCCGUGGAGGAGUACGCCCGGCUGUGCGAGGAGGUGCUGGGCAUCCCCGCCACCCCAGGUACGAACAUGCCGGCCACGUUUGGCCACCUGGCUGGAGGCUACGAUGCCCAGUACUAUGGCUACCUCUGGAGCGAAGUGUAUUCCAUGGACAUGUUCCACACGCGCUUCAAGCAUGAGGGGAUCAUGAACUGUAAGGUGGGCAUGGAUUACAGGAACUACAUCCUGCGUCCCGGAGGGUCCGUGGAUGCGUGUGACAUGUUGAGGAGGUUCCUGGGUCGAGACCCCAAGCAGGAUGCCUUCCUGGCCAGUAAAGGACUGAAGGUUGAGUCCAGCUCGCUGCCUUCAGCCUGCUGAAAACCCGCCCGCCGCCCUGUGAGUAGAGCCAGCUCCUGUGUCUGCGAACCCAUCGUCCUGAGCCAGAGAACCAGGCAGCACCAGAUUCCUCUGUCGUCCAAACACCCGCCGGGUGGGCUGACACCGCGGCUGCUCUUCGUCCCCAGAGCGAACGUAGGGCCUCCGGCAGAGGGGUUUAGAUCCGGCGCUGCCAUUUCCCCUCUCUGGAAUGACAGCCGUGCCACGGGGCGGGCGGUGCAAUCUGUUACCCUUUGGCGCGGCGUGUGUGUGCGUGUGUGUGUGUGUUAUAAGUAGCCCAUACAAAUUGGCUUGAAGCUGAAACUUUGCACCCAGAGGGUCUGCACCAGGGUGCAGCUCGAGAGAGGGGUGUGGGGUGUGUUUAAAAAUUGGAUUCACCAUUUUAGAAGUGGCACCAUUGUUUAAGAGCUGAGACUUCCCCAGCCCUCAGCUUGUUUUGUGCCCGAAGGUAAAAUCACGGCUCUGAUCGUAAAACAAACGACUAGAGAGGGAACUAAAGGGCAGGGCGGAUUUGGGCUCGGUCUCCUCUCCAGUGGGCAGAUUGGAAACCUCCGAAUAAACCCAUCUGCGAGGCCAAGGUGUAAAAAGCCACGAAGUGCACCUGCGCUAUCUUAAUAGCCUUGCUCACCCCAAAAGGAAUAUUCCCCUCCACACUACAAGCCUGCUGGGCGAGUGGGGGGUUAGUCCCCUCCUGCCCCAGCAUCACCACCUGGGUCGAGGAGACUCGGCUCAGAACUUCCCCCGUUUUGUUUUGAUCAAAGCGAAUGCAAUUCCAGCCCAUGUCAGAAGGGGGCGCUGUCCCCUCUCCUCUUCCUCCCCUAGUGCGUGAGUGUUUCAGAACUGGAAGGGACCCCAUCCUGCAAAGGUACCAAGCGCCCUCUUCUGGGCGGUCAAUACUUUGCAAGCUCGGAUGCUAACAACGCCGGGGGGGCGUCAAUAUUGUAACAUUACCGGGCCGCUGCAUCUCCGGUCCAGGAAGCUGGGGCCACAGACACACGACAGCAAUGUGGCCCGCAGGGAUACAAAGACCUAGGGGCCUAGUAACCUGGCUAGGGAUCCUUUAAUGUCCGCCUGGGGAGCUGGUGAAAGUCAGCCGACUCAGGGCCCUGUGCACUGCAGAGAAACCUGCGAGAGCAGCGACUCCAUCCGCCCUUGGGUACGGCCUAGCGCAGAGGCCAGUGCUAGCACCCUGUGCCUCCCUCGCUGACUAGCCGCUUCUCGCCUGCUUGCAGGCUGUCGUCAGAGGCGUUGGUCUCCCCCUGCAAUCCAGGCGUCUGGCAGUGGGUCGCUCAGACCCUUGACUGACUGACGCAUCUGUUACGAAACGCUCCAUAGGCUGUGGCAGUGAAUCACUCCCUCCUCCCCUGCCCCGAGAUGGCUAACUGCUGUCUUCGCUCAUUUCAGCAAGGUCCCUUUCUGGUCUAGUGUGUUGCUGUGCUGUGUAAAACCAAGCAGGGACUCGAUUCAGCUCCUUCUUGUACAAUGAUCUAGCUGAGUUGCAUCAUCUACUCUCCCCCCUGCUUCUCCUCAGGGACGGUAGAAAACCACGGCAGACUCUGGCUAAAACUGUUCUUCUUCCUCCAGAUCUGAAAUUUCGUACUACUUGAGUCCUACUCUUGUAUAGUUUAAUACUAGAUGUAAGACAGGGAGAGUCGUUGGAAAUAUUUAUUAGCUGCUUAAUGUCAAUUACUGCUGCUGCUGGACCCAGUGUUACAGAACUGCCAGGCAGGAAUCUCACCUACUUCUUUUAGCGGAUGCACUUUGAAGCAUCGCUUUUAAGGACUGGAGCAAAGCGUGAAUUCACUUAAAUGGUCCAAGCCUCCCACUAGGGUAAGAUUUGAUGGGUAAAUUGAUUCUUAUCCACACCCCUUUUUCUCUGUGCUUAUGCCCCAAACCACUAUUGAUCCAUCUCUGUUCUAACUACAGCUGGUAAAUGGGGUUAAAACCCAAAUAACCAACCUUUUUAUUUUCGGUCUGAAAUUUCCCCCAAACUCCCCCGCCCUGGGCAGGGCAAGGCGAGCACAAACAGAGAGAGGUGCAAAGUUUUUAAAAGUAGUCACUGAAUUUGAGCUCCUCAAUUGUUGGGAAAUCCAACUUGAUCCUCUCAGGGGUUGUUGUUGUUUUCCUGAGGGUGUUGAUUUCAGCUGGAACGGUGGGUGCCCGGUGCUGUUAUUGGACCUUUCUGAAAACGUGUGCCACUCUUGUAAAAAGAACACCUGCAGUUGUGUUUCUUGCUUCAGCUUAAAGGGUCUCCCCCAUUCAUUUAAAACUCACACUUCCGCCUGGAUUAAAAGAGCUGGGGAUGGGUGGAUAUUUUCCCUAUGUUUUCACUAGGGAUGUAAAUAUCAGUUUAAAAAGUUAACCAGUUAAAAGAUUAAAAUUCUAUCGGUUAACCAUUAACUGAUGUUGCUCUGGCAGGGCAGCAGGGGAUGGGGUCCUGCCAGGACCACUCCAGCCCGCCCGACCCGGUGCCGUGUCCUGCCCAACGUGGCCGGGCCCGCUCCAGGUGUCCCGCCCGGCGCGGCCGGGGCUGGAGUCCUGCUGGCCAGUGCGGCCAGCUGCAGGGGUUAACGGUUAAGGGCCGGUUAACGAUAAGCCUAAUGCUUACCGGUGAACCUUUUACAUCCCUUGUUUUCACCCCCACCCUGUGCAUUUGACAGCACUUCAUGAAACUGAUUUCCGUGGGGCCAGGAUGUCACCCACCGUUCUGCUCCUCUCUGGUCAGUUUGCCUUGUUUUGGGUUUCUCCGUAACAGGAGAGAAAAACCUUUUGUUUCUCCACAAAGGAAAAUGGGGGUGUAAACAUUCACCCAAAUUGGAGAAGGCCCCAGGCCGCAGGGACUGGGGUAGAAACUGCAACCGCUUUCGAUUCUUUUCUUUUACCAGACUCGAUCUCAGGAUAUCUUUGCCCCUUUAACAACCUUCACAUUAACAGUGCCCAGCUUAGGAGCUCGCCCCCAGCCUGUGCUCCGAGAAACAGUGUCCACCCCCGUGCUGCUGUUCGGCGGCCGGCUGCAGCUCUGUCUGCAAAGCCGCGCUGAGCAGGUUUUACAGGGGAGGGUUUGGGCAGUGGGGAAGGAUAGAAAGCGAACUCUGGGAGUUCAGCUCCUUGGGGGAGAUGGCAGGAUCUGCCAUGGGCAGGCCGUCCCUGCCACCUCCUGACUUUCCGCUGUUCCAUUCUCCCUGUGCGUGGGGAGACUGUUGUUUUCUGGUGCUUCUAUUGGCAUGGCAGCUGCUGCCAACAACGUGAACAAUCCGGACAGGACCCCUGCCCGCAACCUGUCCAGCCCCCCUCUUUGAAUUGCAAAUCAACCCCUGCCCUUAAGUUCCAGCUUCAGGAUCCUCCACACAAAAUGUGUUGCAUUGUAGGAGCAACACCUGCCAGUCACCUGAGAGCUGCCCCCCCCUCCCCCGCGUCCUUUGAUUCUCAUUUCCUUCUCCGGCUGUGAACAUCAAAAGGGCUCAGUGACUGUUGCGCAGUUGUUACGUCUCUGCUGUUACCCAGAAACUUGUCGCCAUCUACAGCCAAAUGUGUCAAGAUGCUGAGCGCCCUGGACACAGGACUGGAACGUUAUCCCCCUGUAGAAAACUGGGCCGCGCUAUGGGAUGGGGUCCGCUGGAUCUCUUCGUUAGAUCUUUGAAAUAAAGCAUUCCCCCCCCUCCCCCAAAUUCAGAUUGUUUUAAAUUCCACCCCCCGCCCCUUCUGUAUUUAUUUGUAUAAAGAAAUCUUGGCUUUUCCCCUCCACGCCUGGCUCAGUG